AUGUCGCUGCCAGGAAUCUUCACACAACAAUGCGACACUCGUCCUCGAUCGGACACUAACAUCAAACCACAGAUGACAACCAGCUUUGCUCCAACGAAGGCACAGGAUGUCAGAGACGCUGUAGAGAGCGACGUUCGACACAACAUACGCGUCUGCGAGCGACAGGCGUUUGUCGACCGGCUUUUCCCUAUGAAGCCUGACGUGGUUCAAAAGAUCAUCCAGGAUCUCGAAGAUACUGGGUGGUAUUCGCCGACGUCAGGCUGGAAGGGUCUUCCUCAGGAGCCAGGGGGGGCAGAGGGCGAGUACUAUCAUCCCUAUACCCAAAUCCUUGACGCGAUCGACUCCGCGGCCUUGUCGCAUGGCGAAAGGGAUAUUGACCACGUCCCAGGCAAGUGGUUGGAUCGUCACGACAUCACACCAAAGUGCAAUGUCAAGAACACCAGUAAGCUACGCCCGGAUUUGAACAAUCUUAUCCUGCAUCCUGACAGAGAUGCGCCCGAAAAAUUCGUCGAGUGUCUGAAGGAUGUUCAUGAAGCCGAAAUCGAACUUGAAGAGACCUGUACCACAGUCGAGGGUGACAGUAAACCGGCAUCGAAGCGCACCAAAGCAACAGUGCCACGGUCUGAAUCCGAAAGGCAAAAGUCUGCAGAGUCGCUGACCGUCUCCUGGCUCAGGACCCGCGGGGUCGUUGAAAUCAAAACUCGAUACUGGCUUAACGACAUCUGGCCGACGACGCUCCAAUUGUGUACCUAUCUUCGACAAAUCCUCCGAGAGCAACACGACCGUCGAUUCGUUUUCGGAUUCAUCUUCUUCCACCGUUCGCUGGCGAUCUGGCACAGCGACCGUUCUGGUCUCCUUGGAGUUAAACAAGUUAUCAACAUCGACGACAAUCUGGAGCUGUUCGUUCAGGUCAUGUCCAGCUUUGCGUUGAUGGGUGCAGAGCGUCUGGGGUUUGAUCCAAACAUGAAGAUGGUCGUGCCUGGCUGUGCCCCUGCCUUCAGCUACGCUCUGCCCUUCGACCGGAUCCCCAAGCAUCGCCAUAAGCUCCACUGGCAAAUCACGAUCAAAGGCGUGACUUACCAAACCGUCGAGAUCUUGAGCGUGGCUCGGUCUGAAAUCAUGUGUGGCCGAGCACCACUUGUAUGGCGGGCGGUACAGCUCGAUAAGCUUGAGUCCCCUAAGCCGGAACUGGUGAUCAUCAAGCAAGGGUGGCGACCGGACAUGGGGGGCCCGAGUGAGCUGGGAAUCUACGACAUCCUCAAAGUCCCCUGCCCCGAGAAGAGCGGUGCCGCCCAAUGUGUUGUGGGUGAGGAUGUCGCAGGCUCUCACACUGAAAAAGAUCUGCGUCGUGGACUCUCGUCGGAGCGGUUUGUUAUCGCUGCGCACCAGCCGGAUACAUAUCCUGAACCCAGAGACGAGAAAAUUCUGCUACACAUGGGCAGCGUUAAACCGGACGACGAUGACAGGUACAUGCCACGUAUCCAGCAUCGGCUGGUCAACCCGGUGAAUGGUCUUCCACUCAAAAUGUUUGGUGAUUUGCUUGAACUACUCGACGUUAUCAUCGACGUGCUCAAAGCUUAUCAACACGCGUACUAUGAAAAGGGUGUGUGUCAUCGAGACAUUAGCUUGGGGAACAUUGUCAUCGAAUGUGAAAAGCGCUUGGGGAGGCUCAUCGACUUUGACCACGCCAAGAAUCUGCCUGAUUAUAUCUCGAGAACGGUUUCGUCCCUCCGGAACGAAUUUGCUGAGCACAUGGCGGAGCUUCACCAGUUUCGUGAACGGAAUGAGCUUCCUCGUCUGUCUGACAACCUCGCACUGUUGCUCCUAUACCUGGCCAAAAUCAAUCUCUCUGAUGAUGAUGAGUCGCUGGAAGACUGGGAGGACCCAAAGGCAACUGCUAGACGGACCAACCUAUCUGCGGACCAAGUGACUAAAAGGCUUCGGCUCGACAAGAUCAAAGGCGAAAUCAAAAUAUCCGAUGUGAUCCCACUUUUAGGCGACGAUCCAUAUCUCCCUCCUAACUUCGGCAACAGACGUUCGGUGCAUACGUUCUGCACGGGCACGGUGCCGUUCAUGGCACAUGACAUUGGCAGAGAAACUGUCCGCACUGCUAAGCACGACAUGGAGUCUAUGCUAUGGGUCUUGGUGUACAUCGGCAUCACGCGCGAUGGCCUUGGGGGAAAGAGUCGUCCUGAGCCCAAGGAAGCACGAGGAGAGCUGCACGAUGCCGCGGUCCGUCGCUUCUUCCUUUUUGAAUCGAAUAGACCACAGGCAACACACAUUGACACCAAGAAGGCCUUCCUUCGGUCACAGGAAGCCAUCCUCGACGAUCACGUCUUCCGUUAUUUCCACGCCGAUCUGAAGCCUUUGAAAAGCCUUAUCGUCAAAUGGAAAGACAUCAUCCACAAAGCUUCGAACGGGAACUUGGUUUACGCACAUUAUGCUCCCGUGGCCUUCCUUCAAGCUGCGAUGGACGUGAGGGCCGAGUUUGCCGCUCACCCGGUCGUCAUUGCUCAGUCUGAGCAGGGGAAACAUCGCCGCGAGGCCCAAAAGCGUAAAAUGAACAGCAUCCUCCGCAGAGGAAUUGACCUCGUGCGGAGUGCGAUUGAUGAAGAGGACCACGAUGGCAGCACGACCCCUACUAACGAGUGCCCGCCGCACCCUGCUCUAGAUAUGAGUCCUAGUGGAAAGGACAGGGGCGGUCCUAAUCCUCUCCUUGCUGUGCGUUAA